AUGGAGCCAGAUCGACAAGACGCAUCGACGAGUAAGCUACCCAAAAGUCUCGCACGCCCAGGUGCCGCUCGACACUGCUUGUUGUUGACCGCUCCUUUUGUUUCUAUUUGUUUCUCCACCGUGCACAGGUCAAGUCCCGCUCCACGCUGGCGCUGCAGGACCGCCGCGGCGCAAAAAGUCGAAGUGGGACGACGACGAUCCAGAGGAGGAUGCUCGAACGUUGCAACAGGCACGCGAGAAGAAACGGCUCAAGAAGCUCGAGCUCGAGGCCAAGCUCGCUCGCGAGAAGCAGCGAUCGUCCCAGCAGGACGGUGGAAAGGGUGGUCUGUCGAUCGCACCUCUGAGCGUCAGGGGCGCUGCGAUCGCUGCUUCUGGGAGUGGGAGUGUGGGGAAUGGCAAAGGUGCGGAUCCAACCAGCAGGAAUGGCUCUGAGGCCAGGACGAGGGAGGCAACCCCGGCCGCAGCGGGCGGCGAACGACCUUCGCUGGCGACAGUGAUCAAGACGAGGCGACCACGGGGCAGAGCAGCGCAUCCACCACUGCAGAGUUGUCGAUCUGUCUAUUGCUACGAGGUGAGUACUCUUAUGAACAAUCUGCAGCCCGAGAGCGCUUCUGACGUUGCAAUCACUGCGUCUCUCCUCGCAUCAGCGGCUGAACGAGAUCGAGGAAGGUAGCUACGGUAUCGUCUUUCGCGCUCGAUGCAAGACAACGGGCGACAUCGUCGCGCUCAAGAAGCUCAAGAUGGACAAGGAGAAAAACGGAUUCCCCAUCACCAGCCUGCGUGAGAUCCAAACGCUCAUGACCGCCGCCCACGAGUACAUCGUACGCGUGAGGGAAGUGGUCGUCGGCGAUACUUUGACCCAGUCAGUCUCGUUCUUGCUCAUCUUUGGUGGAUGACGCUCGCACUAAACUACUCGUUUUAUGUGUUUAGAGUCUUUAUCGUGAUGGACUUUGUCGAACACGAUCUCAAGACGCUUCUGGCGACCAUGUCGACCCCGUUCUUGGCAUCCGAGAUCAAAACACUCCUGCUGCAACUCUUGUCCGCCAUCGCGCUCUGCCACGACAACUGGAUCAUCCACCGCGACCUCAAGACGAGCAACCUCCUCAUGAACAAUAGAGGCCAGAUCAAAGUCGCCGACUUUGGCCUUGCGAGAACAUACGGCGAUCCCUUGGGGGACAUGACCCAGCUGGUAGUGACGCUCUGGUAUCGGUAAGCUUGCAUUGAGAUGCGGUCGAUCGGCGCAUAUACUGACCGAGAAGGGACCUGAUGCAGUGCUCCGGAAUUGCUCUUCGGCGCGACAGAAUACACGACUGCGGUCGACAUGUGGUCGAUUGGAUGCAUCUUUGGCGAGCUGAUUCUGAAGGAGCCGCUUUUGCCGGGCAAGGGAGAGAUCGAUCAAGUGGCCAAAGUAAGCCGGAAUCCGCGGGAUCGGGGCAAUUUGUCACAUUGGGUCAGUUUCUUACGCACCAUCGGAGUCGCAGAUCUUCAAGCUACUGGGCCGACCUACGGAUGAGAUGUGGCCUGGCUUCACGAAGCUGCCGAAUGCCAAAAACUUCAAUCUAGCCGCGGCCCAACCGUCAGUCUCGCCUGGAAGAUUUCUUCUCCUGUUGUCAACUAGAAAUCAACGCAAUGACACCGUUCCACUUUGCAGAUACUCGAAUCUGAGACAGACGUUCAAGUAUACGACUGCGCACGGCCUCGACCUCAUGUCGCGCUUGCUCGCCUACGACCCCGAGAAACGCAUCUCGGCCGAGGAGGCGCUUCGACAUCCCUACUUUAGCGAGAGCCCCCUACCGAAGCAUAGCGAUUUGUUCGCUUCGUUCCCGAGCGUCGCAAAUGGGGAAAAGUGAGUGGAUUGGUGGCCUAGGAACGCAAAGGCUGGAGUGAGUAACGUGGGGUCUGACCGUUCCCCCUCCGCUCUUCAACGGUCUACAGAAAACAGAUGUUCGCUUCGCCUUCUGCUCCUUUGAGGGCCGCCGAGUGA